GUUUUGCAGCGUAGCCAGCCCCCCUCCCAUGGGCAGGGACCGAUGCUGCCUCACCCCACCAGCCACCAUGGAGCUUGCUAGUACCAAAGACUUCCAGUGGAAAACUCUCGCCCCCCUCCCGAGCUGCAGGGUCUACUCCACCUUGGUGGAAGCUGGCGGGCAGGUGUUUGCCAUCGGGGGCUGCGAUGACAACGGUGUCCCCAUGGACUGCUUCGAGGUCUACUCCCCCGAGGCCGACCAGUGGACCUCGCUGCCCCCCAUGCCCACGGCCCGGGCUGGGGUGGCCGUGGCCACCUUGGGCAAGAGGAUCAUGGUGAUAGGAGGGGUCGGAGUGAAUCAGAUGCCGCUGAAGAUAGUGGAGAUGUACAAUAUAGACGAGGGCAAGUGGAAGAAGAGGAACUCGCUGAGAGAGGCAGCCAUGGGCAUCUCGGUGACAGCAAAAGACUACAGAGUCUAUGCAGCUGGUGGGAUGGGAUCUGACCUGCGGCCACACAACUACCUGCAGCACUAUGACAUGCUGAAGGACAUCUGGGUGUCGCUGGCGGCCAUGCCCACACCCAGGUACGCUGCCACGUCCUUCCUGCGAGGCACCAAGAUCUACGUGCUGGGUGGAAGGCAGUCCAAGUACGCUAUCAACGCCUUCGAGGUCUUUGACACAGAAACCAGGUCGUGGACUAAGUUUCCCAACAUCCCCAACAAAAGGGCCUUCUCCAGCUUUGUGCCCACAGAAGACAAACUCUUCAGCCUCGGGGGCCUGCGGCAGGGCCGGCUCUACCGGCAGCCCAAGUUCAUGAGGACCAUGGACAUAUUUGACAUGGAGCAAGGUGGCUGGAUGAAGAUGGAGCGCUCCUUCUACCUGAAGAAAAGACGAGCAGAUUUUGUGGCUGGCUACCUGAAAGGCAGAGUCAUUGUGGCUGGGGGACUAGGAAAUCAGCCAACCGUCCUGGAGUCUGCAGAGGCCUUCCACCCCGAGAAGAACAAGUGGGAGAGCCUGCCCCCCAUGCCCACCCCACGCUGCGCCUGCUCCAGCAUCGUGGUCCGGAACUGCCUGCUGGCCGUCGGCGGGGUGAGCCAGGGGCUGAGCAGUGCCGUGGAGGCCCUGUGCCUCUCCGAUUCCUAGCCGGCCCCUGCCUGGUGGUGGCCCCUGCCCCUCGCAGUCCCCGGCAGCAGCAGCAGUGGUGGUGGUGGGCAGCUCCUGGCAGCGCUGAGGCUGGGGGAGCACCACCCCAGCAGCCCUGGGAGCCUGGCAGCCAAAGCCAGCCUUGCUGAGAGCCAUGGCCAGCAGGAGCCUGCAGCCAGGGCUGCUGCUCUUCUUCCUCCCAGGCCGUUCCAGCCCCACGGAGGGAAGGAGCACUUUAACCAGGGGUUCUCUCUGGUCACCUUCAGAGAUCUACGGGGAAACCCAGACGAAGGAACUGCUCGCAGGGUGUGUCGUGUCUCCUGCCUGCGGGAAGGACUCUGGAGGUCAGGGCAUGGGCACGUCUCUCCCUGUGGCCAGCCUGCCCCUCUACCAAAGGUGUGAUGUGUUCGAAGGUGUUAGGAGUGUCCAGACAGGUCACUGGUGGUUCAGGGAGAACUGUCCUGCUGUUGCCCUGUUCGAGCUUCCUGGGAUCUGUGUGUGCUUCCCCGCACGGAUCCCCUUGGCUUGCAACAAGGGGAACUCCCAAGGGGCAGCCAGAUUCAGGGGAUCAUUCUUUUGCCUUCGUAUCAAGGCUUUGCCUGCAAACCUGUAGCAUUCGACUGUCGCUUUGGCAGAGGCAGAGUGAGGGGCUGCCAAUGCUCCUGGGAGGGAUGAAUGCCCAAGGGACUGUUUUGGCUAGAGGGCAGACCUUACUCUGGGCACAGGACUAGCACAGAUCCUGCCUUUGUUGGCUUUCAUGCAGAGAUGGCCUCAACCUACACUCUUCCAACCUAGUUUUUAGCUCCUUUAAUGAUCAGAGUGGUUUCUGUUGGAAGGGACCUUAAAGAUCAUCUAGUUCCACCCCUGCCAUGGGCAGGGCCACCUUCCACUAGCCCAGGUUGCCCAAAGCCCCGUCCAACCUGGCC